AUGGCGUCCAUGUGGUCCUCGUUCACUUAUGUGCUUCUCCCGCCUGCCGUCGUUCUUCUGCUCUUAAUGACGAUCCCGCUCCCGAGUCUCCUACUGAACCGCGGCGUUGUCAAGUUUGGCGACUUUGUAUUCAACAUCCGCAUUGGAACGCUGAGCGUCUUUAGCGUCAUCACUGCCAUCUCGUUUGUCGUGCUGCUGGCGCAAACGUACGACUUGCAGAAGCGGUACUCGAUGCACUCGGACCCACAUUUGGAAGUGCACUACUCGGCGGAUUUGCAGAAAAAAGCUUCGCGUUGGCGCUCCGAGCGGAACUGGUGGAUCAGUGCACUCACUUUUGCCAUCUACUGGAUGCUGCUGCGUUUUCACGCUUUGAAGAAGCAGCUGGUGAAGGUGCAGCGUCACGAGGACUAG